UGCCCGCGCAUGCUCGACAGUACGUGCAGGGCCGCGCGAGGGAGUCCCGGUCCGUCACCGGCGCGACUCGCGUCCCGCCUCCUCCGCUACCGCCACCCCCGCAGCUCCGCGACCGCCACGGUGCGAGGCCUCGGCCGGAGCGAAGCUGCAGGCUCCGGUUCUGUCUCUUUAAGUGGUGGGGCUUGCGGGCCGCCCCUGCCGCUGCUGCCUAGGUGGCCCCGCGCGCCGCUUUGGAGGGGCGAGUCAAGAUGGCGGCGGCUUUGGCUCUGUGAGGAAGACGGAAGAGGCGGCGGAGUAGGGAAGGCGACUUCUAAGAAGAGCCAGGGGUUCCUGGGUGGCCAGGGGCGUUCCGAGUCUCCCGGGAAGUGCUACCUCAUCGGCUUCGGAUGCUUUAAGCGGGAGGAGCGGAGCGGAGCCUCCGGCUGCAGCGGCUGGGCCGGGUACAAGGAAGGAAAACAUGGCGGCGGCGGCGGCCUGAGGAGGCGGCGGCGCGGGAAGCGGCUCUGCGGAGGUCAUGGUGGAGGCAGGAGCAGGGUUGUGAACCGAACCGCCCCCUUGUGUGAACGGCGGGCCGGUGGGCUGCGCAGUGCUUCGCGUCCCCGUCGGGGCUGCUGGGCGGCCGCGCUCGCUCGGCCUGGACAAUAGCGCGGAGGAGGAGGCGGCGAGAGAAGGCGGCGGCC